AUGAGCGGCUCCUUCGAUCGCAAGCUCAGCAGCAUCCUCACCGACAUCUCCAGCUCCCUCAGCUGCCAUGCGGGCUCCAAGGACUCUCCCACCCUGCCCGAGUCUUCGGUCACCGACCUGGGCUACUACAGCGCUCCCCAGCACGACUACUACUCGGGCCAGCCCUACGGCCAGACCGUGAACCCCUACACCUACCACCACCAGUUCAAUCUCAACGGGCUCGCGGGCACCGGCGCUUACUCGCCCAAGUCGGAAUAUAGCACCUAUGGAGCCUCCUACCGGCAGUACGGAGCCUACCGGGAGCAGCCUCUGCCCGCCCAGGACCCAGUGUCGGUAAAGGAGGAGCCGGAAGCCGAGGUGCGCAUGGUGAACGGGAAACCCAAGAAGGUCCGCAAGCCGCGCACGAUCUACUCCAGCUACCAGCUGGCCGCCCUGCAGCGCCGCUUCCAGAAGGCCCAGUACCUGGCGCUGCCGGAGCGCGCAGAACUGGCCGCGCAGCUGGGCCUCACGCAGACACAGGUGAAAAUCUGGUUCCAGAAUCGCCGCUCCAAGUUCAAGAAGCUGUACAAGAACGGGGAGGUGCCCCUGGAACAUAGCCCCAACAACAGUGACUCCAUGGCCUGCAACUCUCCACCGUCCCCAGCCCUCUGGGACACCUCUUCCCACUCCACACAGGCGCCUGCCCGCAGCCAGCUGCCCCCGCCGCUCCCCUACAGUGCCUCUCCCAGCUACCUGGAUGACCCCACCAACUCCUGGUACCACGCACAGAACCUGAGUGGACCCCACUUACAGCAACAGCCACCGCAGCCAGCCACCCUGCACCAUGCCUCCCCUGGGCCCCCGCCCAACCCUGGGGCUGUGUACUGA